AUGCGGCGGCUGUCCCAGUUGGGCUCCUUGAAGCCAUUGCUGGGAUGGCAGCCGCUGGCGCGGUGCGCCUCCAGCUUCCUGCCGGGGAGGCGCUGGGCGCCCGCCGGGGAGGUGCCCACGGCCCUGGGCUUCGCGGAUCUGAGGCGGAAGAGCCGCAGCAAGAAGGUGAUUCGACAGGCGGAGCUGGGGCAGAAGACGCGCCCGAAAGCGGUGGCGCAGGGACCGGGCGCACCGCCCUUGGGCCGGAAGCGCCCGAAGAAGCACAGGCACUCUACUGACCUGGAGGACCUAGGCGGUGCUGAAGAGCCCGUGCCACGGUUUGGGCAGAAGCAGGUGAAGAGUCUGCACUCGCGGCCGGUGGCCGUGCUGCCGCGGACGCCGCAGUUCUUCGUGCGCUUCGGGCCCCCGAUGAGUGCGGAGGACUUGACGCACGACGCCCCGUCGGUGCUGGUCGAGUCCCGGCGCCUGAUUGACGACGUGCUGGAGCGACGCGAGAAGCUGCAGCCUGCACCUGACCACGUGGCACCAGACACGCCCUUCUGGCGCGUUCCUGCCAAGCUGCGGAACAAGAAGCCGCCCAAGUGGCAAUCCAAAUCGGAGGAGGACGGCGCCGAGGACACCAGGCCCAAAGAUACCGCGGAGGCCAUGGAGCAGCUCCGGGGCAUCGUGAGCCUCCCCCCGAAGCCUGCUGGCCGGGCCGAGCCGCUCUCCCCGGCCAAAGCAACCUCCAAGCUGCUGGCGGCUUCGACUGAAGCGGCGUCCGACAUGCCGAGCGCUUCCUCAAGGGAACCUGCAGAGCAAGAUGUCCGCGGAAUGCCAGAGCAAAGCCUGAUAGCAAGUCUGCGACAGAAGGCAAAGGACUUUGCGCGGACAGGUGUGGACCCAGAAAUCGUGGACAGUAUGGCUGAGGCUUUGAAGCAUCACCCGGGUACCGAGCGUGCAGCUCGAGUCCGCGAGAUGCAGGCCUGUGCGAAAGACUUUGAGAGCUUAGUCCGCGAAGGCAAGGCCUCCGUGGCCAACUGCAACCAAUUAAUACGGGCACAGGCGCUACAAGGCCGAAUGGAGGAUGCCAUGAGUACCCACGACACCAUGAAAAUCCAUGGGUUUGAGCCCGACUCGGAAACCUUUGUGUCACUGCUGAGUGGAGCCGCGCAAUUAGGUGAUGCGGAGCUAGCAAGGAAGCUGUUCCUGAAGAUGAGGGAGCAGUUGAUCAGUGCAACACCCAAAGUUUAUGCAACUCUCAUCCAGGCUCAUGUCCGUGCUGGGGACACAGACUCGGGAUAUUCCUUGUUGAGGAAGAUGGAAGAUGAGAGAGUGCAGCCGGACGUUGUGGUGCACACAAUAUUGAUCAAUGGUCUGGUUGGCGAAGGAAUGAUUCAGAGGGCGUGGGAGGAGUUUCAUUCCAUCCGCACCUGGAAGCUAAUCCAGCCCGAUGAGGUUCUGUUUACGGUGAUGAUCAAAGCCUGUGCUAUCAUGUUUGAGGCAGAGCGUGCCCUGAACUUGCUGGAUGACCUGCGAACCUGUGGGUUGUACCCAACUGACAUAACAUAUGGUGAGCUCAUCCAUGCUAUGUCGACCACUCCUGAUCACGCGCGGAAGGCAUUCGACUUCUACCGUCAGAUGCAAGCCGAGGACCUGCCUGUCACCAGCUUCGUCUUCGACAAAUUACUGCAUGCGUGCAAGCAGCUCGGUGAUGCAAAGCGGGCCCGGUCCAUCGUGCAAGAGAUGCAUGAGCAUGGGGUCGCGCUGGACGCGGACAUGUACUGCCACUUGGUUGGCUUAUUUGCUCAAGCCAUGCGACGGCCACACACCUCUGCGAACGAGAAGCUGCAGCAUCUGCGCUACGCUUGGAAUAUAGUUGCGGAGGCUCGCCAGGCGUGCGCGGACGAGAUCGAUUGGACUUCCAUGCUGAACGAGGUCUUGAGGGUGUAUGUGGCAGGGGGGUUUGCGGAGUUUGCCUUGGACAUGCUUCCCCAGUAUGCGGUCUUUGGCGUUCAGCCAGACGGCGAAACCUGGGAGCUGCUGCUUCGGAUGCUGAGUGAGGAUCUCAAAGAUGUGGGCCGGUUCUUUCUUCUGUGGAGCACCAUCCCGAAAGAGCCAAAGCUGCCCGACGAGCUCUACCUCCUGGCGCUUGAGAUGGCGCUGCGCUCGCGCUCCUCCCAGCAGACUUGCGCCGUGCUGGAGGAAAUGUAUGGCGCCGCCGUCUUCCCGAGCCCAGACCUGGCCGAGCGCUUGGCAAAGGCUGGGCGCCACGUGAUCCAGAUCCAUCAGCUCAUGGGAAAGUUUAUCGCUCUAAACCGGGACCUGAGAGUUGCGACCGCCAAGCGCGAGACCGCCGCAGCCUCGGCUUGCUGGCAACGGCAGCUCUCGCUAGUGGGCCCAAGCGCGCCGCAGGCGCUGCUGCAAACUCACAUGGACGAAAGGGAUGCCUACCGGGCCGCAGAAGGACUUACUGUGAGAAGUCCCACCCCGGAGCAGGACGGACGGACUGAGAACACCGGAAGAGAUGAGGGAAGGCGGCCGUGGCUUCCCUUCGGUGAAUACCUAGUCUCAAAGCAGAAGGGUGGUGAGGCGUCGCGACAAGCCCCGUCCAAACCUCUUAGCGGCUUCUACGAGCUAACUCUUCCGGCGGGCCAGACUUCCAGGAUGAAGACGCAGGUUGCCGCACAAGACGGGCGAGAGGUCCACCAGGUCAUUCAGGCAAAUGUGGGCAGCUGUGCACUGCUUCAGUCGGCCGCGGCAAUUGCCGGACUCAAAGAAGGAGUUGCCACCAUUGCGCAGGUGGUUGCAGCGCAAGUGAGCAUGCUGGAUGUCAGUUGCGCUCGGCGGUUGGAGUCGGACUUUCUGCGAAGGUUGGAGGCUGCUGCCACGAUCAAUUACGGGAUUGCCGCCCUCGUGAGUGAAAAUGCUUCGGACAUCAAGGCCAACAUGGACUCCACGACGCCUGUGAACUGGGGGACGGCGCUGCAGACCGCCGUCCAGGCAGCGGGGGUAUCUACCAGCAUCGCGGUGACAUCUGUCCAGGCGAACGUGGCAGUCUCGCUGCCCACCACAACAUCGACAACGACGGGAGCCACAACCGCCGCGGCCACGACCACCACACUGGCAGCGACACGAGGCGGAGAUGAUUCGACUCUCUUGAUCGUCAUCGCCAUAGUUCUGGGAGUGCUUCUUUUGUGCUGUGCAGCACCGCUCGGAGGAAUCAUGUACCGGAACCAGGUGCAUGCGGAGCGGACUGACAGCGUGCGAAAGCUCGACAUUGAAGCUGACGAGUUCGAGCAUUUGAUGGAUCAGCUGGCAUCGCAGGUGGACGUAUUCACCAGCAAGUACCAAAGAGAAGUACAAGAUCGCCAGAAGCGGGACGUUUUGCAGCGCGUCGGCGAUCAGCAUGAGAAGUUCUUGCAGAAGUGGGAGACCCUUCAGACGAAGAAGGGCAAGUUCCUGGAUGAGGAGUACACGCCCGAGCGUUUGAGGCGGCAGCCACCUAUUGACCCGCUCACUCGGCAGCUCUCGACAGCAGGGAAGCCACCGCCCACACUCAAGCAGCAGGUCUGGCCAGAGAUGCCGGUCACGGCCUCCUUGACCGUCGCGCAGCACCGGAAGCGCUUGAAAGAGCUGGACAGGGACAUGCAGGAGACUUGCGCAGAGUUCCGGCAGCUCGUGGGGCUGGCGUUCCCCGCGGGCAUCCCGGAACUCCCCAACCCAGGCGCGUUGGGCAGCCACGGCGAGCCACUGAACGCCAGCCUGGAGCAGGAAGCCUCGCUGUUGAAGCCCUUCACGCAUCCGUUGAUGUCGCAAGUGGCUGUGAAAGCACAUGGGGUGCUUGGAGCAGCGGAGGGGCAGAAGGAUGUGAAGCCCUUCACGCCGAUCCCAGCGGUCGUGGUGGACCCGGCAGGGUGGAGGUACAUUGGGAAGACCGGGGAUGCGAAAGGCGCGGGCGGCGCUGCGGGAGCCAUCUACGAUUGGCUUGGCAUGAAGAAGACCGGCGGUAAAUUCCCCGUUGAGGUCCAUGCGCAUUUCAACACGAGAACAGAGGAGGAGGCGGAAACUCGGGCCAAAUUCUUUGCAUACAACGAGGGCAUGCAUGUCAUCCAUGUGGUCGGGCCGAAAGUCCGCCAGCUCAUGACUGCAAUCCACGACCUGUCCCGGACAUAUGUCAACGUUUUCGACGAGUUCUGCCAGGUCUUUGAGGGGCCAAGCACGACACGACCUACUUCCCAGGUGCUGCGUUUGCUGCCCGUCUCCUCUGGAAUCUUCCUGCAGAACAAGAAGCUUGAAAGGUACAUGCCGGAGAUCACGUGGAGCUCCAUUGCCCUGGCCUUCGGCAUGAUGCCAAGUGCGCAGCAAGACAUUCUCCGUCGCUCCUCCAUUGAAGUCUGCAUCUUCAAGAGCACUGAGCUGAAGCUGUAUCAAGAAGCGCUGAGAGCCAAGCAAGCCUUGCUUGCCGGACAGAAGCUCAAACUCACAGAGUCCAUGGGCACAGUGCCAAACAAUGGCGGCUUCGAUUGGAUUAGAACGAAGAAUGGCCCAAGCGACCGCAUCGAGCGGCUGGCUUGCUUCACGCGCACAGCGCAUGCCCUAGCUGGGCAGGGCUAUACUUUGCCCUCGGGUGCUGUGGCAGAGCUGGACAUACAGCACACGGUGCAAGGCACUGAAGUUGUGUCUGCUUCCGCAUUUCAGAGCGGCACUGGCAAUAAGACCCUGCGGCACGACGGCCAGACAGUUAUGGAGGUCGCUUUGGCUUCCCAACAGGCUGGAAAAGCCACGGUGGCUGUCAAUGCAGCCUCUGCUUACCAAGUGGGUGGUGGGGUCAUGAGCGGUGGCAGGCAUGCUCUUGAAGAGACCUGGUGUACAAUGUCCACCUUGUUGCCCUCCCUGCAGAAAGUUCAGUGGGAGGAUAAAAGGGCGACCGCCAGUGUCCAUGACGCCGGGCAUAUGCAUCAGCACAUCCCUGUGGACUCCUGCGUUUUGAGCCCGGGCGUCCAGAUCUUCCGCGACACCAGUGCGAAAGGCUACAAGUUUCAGGACCAGCCUGUGCGACUCACAGGCGUGUGCAGCAUCGCAAUGUUCAACAUGAACUCGCGUGUGGCGGACAGCCCGCUGGAUGCCCCGCACGACUUCGUGGAAUAUUGCAGGCAGGUGAAGGACAAGUUUAAGGCGGCCCUGGCCUGCGCUCAGAAGAUGAGGGCCUCAGUCUUCGUGUGCCCGGAUGUCGGCUGCGGGGUCUUCGAGAACGACCCGGAGGUCAUGGGCAGCUUGCUGGGCGAGGCGAUCCUGGACUUCCCGGGGGACCUGGAGGUCAUCGCCACGGGCAAGCCCGCCUUCUUCGAGGCGGCCAAAGUGGCGGUGGAGGCCACGCCCAGGCUGCCGUUGAGGGAGACCAAAGCGCCGCCCGCCUCCUUUGAGCGCGCCCGGUACGUGUAUGUGCCGAAGGCCACGUCGUACGGUAAGGCCGUUGCAAAGCCAAAGGCCAAGCCCAAAGCGGCGCCGGCGGAGGCAGCCAAAGCCUCGGCGCCGGUUCCAGUGCCUGCAGCACCUGGGGCGCCGGCAGCGCCGGCCACUCCUGCCCCAAGCGUGCCAAAGGCAAAGGCAGAGGCCGUGCCGCCAGCGCCAAAGGCUGCUCCCAAGGCCACGCCUAAGGCUGAGAGCAAGGCGAAUGCCGAGCCCAAGGCAAAGGCCAAGGCAGGUUGA